UCUACGCUAUCAAACGACAUCUAACAGUGCCAUUCUGGGAGACGAAAGAGCGGGGAACCCAAUAGCUGGAAUUUCCCAUGAUCCCGUAGCUGUGGUACUUGAAAACAACGUUCAUCACAAUUUUCAGCAUAAUUGUGGUAUACACCCGUCACAUGAUAGGAUUCCAUCGCAAUGAGUAACCUCUCUUCACCGGCACCGCUCAGCGCUGUAUCAGCACCUAGCCCCGAAUCGUCACCACCACGUAGACCGAGCUCUACGCCCCCUGGCUCCCAGUCCGAAAGAGCUAGUGUAGCCUCAACAUCGCAGACGGAACCUCCCGAACACUGCGACGACUUCAUUCACUGCCGUGCUUCUGGAGGUCCUCCUGGUAAUACUUUGUGUGACGUGAGUUGGGCGUUUUUAUGUCCUGGUCUUCAUCCAUUCCACCCAACGCCACCAUCUAAAUACGGCAUUAUACAUCCUCACCCUGGCGAGGUCUGGGUCUGCGCUCACUGCAUGGAUCAUGAUACCGCUGCAUGUCUUCCUGGCCAUUUCACUAACAAGCUCGAGCCUAUAACAACGCUCGCGGAUGCCAAUUAUCAAUCAGGCUUUCGUAAUCAGCUUUGCCACCGAUGCAUCCGUGAUGAGGUCGAGCUCUACUGGUUGCGCCAAGGGACACCGGUGCCUCCGAUAAAACCGGGAGGGGAUACUAAACAAUGUGUAGCACAAUGGCCAAUUGCGCCGAAUAGUCUACAGGACCUUUGCAUCUGCAAUAGAUUGGGUAUUACCCAGUUCCAAUUUCGUUGUCAUGCAUGCCGCGACGAAGGUUUUCGAGUGAAUAGUUGGGCUCGUUACAAACUCGCCGAAGACAUUCUGACCAGUCGCGACAAGAAGGUCAUUACAGGCCACAUACGCUGCCACAAGAACGGCGGAACCGGUAGACACCUUCGAAAAGGCAUACCUGACGGACCCGUCACCGACAGGAUAGCGAACGCCGGUCUCCGUCGUAGAUGUCCUUGUGGCGAGAAACCCAAGGCGCAAAGUACCCCAGAAUAUAUCACAUUUUGUCUGGGUUGCUCAGGCGUGCGUAUCGAUCCUGCGAAUCUGCCACCACAUCUACAGUACGAUAACGUCAUGGCGGGGAUUGAAAAGAGGAAAGGGAUGAGAUUGAGCACGCAGAGGCUUAGAAAGGUGGAAAUGCGAAGGACGAACGGGACAAGGAAGGCAAAGAGGAGUCAUUUAUUCAGGGUGAAUAUCGAGAGCGCGUGGAUUCCUAGUAGAUAUAGAGGCGGAGGCGGAAGGAGAGGCGAUCAUUGGGUUGGGGGGUUCUAGAAUCAGUAAAGCUGAAAGGGUGGGGAAAGUGAUGCGCUGGCAACGACAAGGUGAGUACAAAGUAGCACAAGAGCGAUGGCCGGUGAAGCAGCAUCUAGGAUUAUCAUAGAUUGUUGACAGCGUGGGAAGAAUAUUCAGGUAGACUGCGACGUCAUCA